AUGGCGCCUAGCAGAUACGACCUUGGAGCUCAUGAGCUCGCCUCUAUGUUGAGUGGAAGCACUCUUCCCAUUCCCAAUCUGAAAGUCUCUCUCGCAAAUUUCCCCAAGGGUGUCAACAAAUAUAUGCAUGAGAUUCGACAAUGGGUAGAUAGACUUAUCGACGAGAAUAUUCAUGAUCGAAGAAAACGUGCUGGUGUCAAGCAUUGUGAUUUUGGAUAUCUCGCAGCUUGUUGCUAUCCUUAUUCAGAAUGGGAAGAGCUGAAGGCCUCGGCCGCAUUUCUGGUCUGGAUAUUCACAUGGGACGAUGUUAUUGAUCAUGGAGAAGACGAUACUGGCAUCAUCUCAAACGCAGAUUUGGCCCGUAUAUUUUGCGAAGAAUCACUGGAUCACAUCAAACUCAAGUUGCAGCUGGAUGAUUCUCACCAAGGAAGAGCCUCUACUCAGCCGUUACCAAGCAUGACCAUGUUUGAUCAUGUGGCUAAGCCGUUAACAGCGGCAUGGAACCACACACGAAAACAGCGUUUAUAUAAUGAAAUUGAACAUUAUGUGAACUGCUGCUUGGUUGAGCAUAUUCAGCAAGAGGAUGAUUCUAUCCCUACACAAGAAGAAUUUACAAUCAUGCGCUUCGGUACAUCAGGCAUCACCCCCGGGAUUGCUAUAUGCGAGUUCACCAGGAAUGUGUCAUUGCCGGAUGAGAUUGUUGAAUCCGCCCCCAUGAAAGUGAUUUGGAAAGAAAUCACUAGGCUUUGCAUGAUGAUCAACGAUAUCUACUCCUGCCAAAAAGAACUGCGAAGCGGCGUUAUCCAAAACAUCAUUCCCGUCAUAGCCUAUGCUAGCGGCACAGACGAUAUCAGCACAGUCACACAGGAAUUCAUGCACAUCUUUCAGGCUUCGGUAAACACCUUCGAAGAGGCCUUCCAGGUUCUCAGAGCGCUUGCUUCCCCCGACACGAAGUUAUCGGAGGAUAUCCAGAAGUACAUACAGAACUGCCAGACUAUUACAACGGGUUUACUCGAAUGGAUGUUGUCAUCGGAGCGAUAUGGCAUCACCAAGCAUUUACAAGCUGACGGCUCGGCAUUGGUGCCCCUCAUUUUUGAAAAUCCUCAGAGUCAGAAGUUGGCUGCGGUUGAAGCUUAG